UUAAACAAAUCGUCAGAUUUACACGAAGUUCUAGAAUUGAGUUUUUGUUAUUACUCCAAAAUAUGGAAUUUGCCUAUAUGGAUUUUCCUUGUUUGUUAUUUGUUAUAAAUUAAUUUUGUAUAUUUUUAUUUACUUUCUUUUAUCCUACAUAAUUUACGUUCAAUAAAUAAAAGAGUUGUGUAUCAAAAGUCAGCUGACGAACGUAAACAAAGAGCAUGUUGAAUUUGUAAAGUUGUGAAAUACUUUAUGUGUAGUACUUUGUAAUUGAUUAAUAAAUCUGGCAUUAUGGAUAUUGAUGGUUCAUCUAUCCCCGGCGAAAUUGAUCAAAAUCUUCUCUUACAAUUUAGUUGUAUGAAUACGACUGAUAGAGAAGAACUUGUGAGCCAAAUGCAAAGACUACUUGGACCAAGUUUAAACCAUAACACAGCUACUUUUUUCUUGGAUAUGAGUAAUUGGAACUUACAAGCUGCUAUUUGUUGUUAUCUAGACUACACAUUGCCUCCAAAGCUUCCAUCUAUGUCACUUAAAGCAGCACAAAACCAGGAAACGUCUAUAGGUCCUGGAAGCAGUUUUGAACAUUAUUGGAGUAUUGCAAAUACAGGGGCAGAAGCUUGGCCUGGCAGCUGUAGAGUUAUACAAGCAGGUGGUGUGCAUUUUGGUGCUCCACCAUUUUAUGUGCCCCCUUUACCCCCGGGACAAUCUACGACAGUCACAAUGAAGUUAGUUGCACCAAGCAAUCCGGGAACCCACAGAGGCUAUUUUCAUUUGGUAAAUGAUAAAGGGGAUCAGAUAGGGGAUACACUAUGGGUAGAAAUUAUAGUUGAGUCAGAGAUGACAAUGGCCCUUGUUGAGCAGUUAGCUGCCUUACCUGUCCCUAGUAGUAGACUGGACGAUUCAGUAGCGCAGGUGCCAUCGCAAGACGACCAAAUGUGUUGAUGUAUAUGUCACAAUAACUUUAUAUACCCUCAUUCAGCUACAGGUUUUCUUAUAAUUUGUACUAUGUUUGUUACAAUUUAACCAUUUGGGGUUUAUUUAUAUAGAUCUAGUAAAUAUAUUUUUCAACAUUAUUACUAUAAUCCUGUAGUAUUAAUUAAGAAAUAAAUUUAUGCUCACAUUGUUUUUAGUGGUUUUAAAGUUUCAUAUAAUAAAAUUCUAAUAAACCUUACUUGAGAAUCUUUAGUAUCACUAUUUAACUCGUAAUGAGUUAAACUAAAGUAUCUAAGUAUUUUCAUCAAAAUUAAAGUAUACAGAUUUUAUGAUGAGUAUACGUAAUUUUUAAAAACAAAUAUGUUUAUAAUAAUUUGUACAUGAUAUGAAUAGUGAAACUAAUAUUUUAUAUAAUUUAUGGCAUAAGUUCUCGAACUUGACUCUCUCGAACUUCCAAAUAAAAUUAUUAUUAUACUAGUGAAAUAAAAUUUAAUUGCAUUCUUAUAAUAGUCCUAUAACUAAUUUGCAACAUCAAAUAAAAUAUUACCAAAAUGCGUGACCAUUAGGCGCUACAAUUAUUUCAUGAACAACAUGAUAUUUAAAAUGUGUUAAAAUUGAUGGCCUGAAAGCCAGGAAUAGGUCAAGCUGCCCAAUUUCCCCCGUGUCCAAAACACAUAAGAUGGUUAAGAUAAUUGUGUUAUGAAGCGUAGUGAGUCAGCUGUAGUUAUAGAGGGUGGGUUGAAGCACAGCACCCUCGGAAACAUGUAUCAUAGUAAAACCUUAUUAAAGAUGUAAAAUUGUCAGCUGAUAGCAAAUAUAAAAAAAACACGUUUCUCUCACUCCAAAAUUUAAUGUUAGUAUAUGCUAUUUGUAGUGGGAUAUUAGUCAGUUAAACAAUUAAAAUAUUUUAUUAUAAUACUGACAAAUUGGCUUUUGUAAUAAUAGACCUUGUACACGGUAACUUAAUAGCGCGUUCUACAUUUUAUACAGCAUCAUCUUGCGCGCCAUGAA